UUCUUUCAGUCAAGAGCGGAGACAGGGAAAUUUAUAUUAAUUGGUUAAUAAACUAAAAGAAAAUCGAACAGGAAACUACUGCGACGACAUGGCUGAACUACUGCUAGAUCCAAAUAUACGAGUUUGGGUAUUUCUACCCAUCGUUGUGAUUACCUUUUUAGUUGGAAUUGUAAGGCACUAUGUAUCUAUAAUUUUGUCUUCGCAGAAGAAAAUUGAGCUUAUCCAGGUUCAAGACAGUCAGGUAAUGAUUCGUGCUCGUCUUCUGCGUGAGAACGGCAAGUACUUGCCGCGGCAGUCGUUUGCGAUGCGGCGUCAUUGGUUCAAUAAUGAGGAAACAGGUUAUUUCAAGGUGCAGAAAAGAGCUGCGGCUUCACAGAACCCAAUGACAGACCCAGGCAUGAUGACAGAUAUGCUGAAAGGCAAUGUGACCAAUGUGUUGCCCAUGAUCGUCAUAGGAGGUUGGAUCAACUGGAUGUUCAGUGGAUUCCUUACUACCAAAGUUCCAUUCCCGUUAACACUGCGAUUCAAGCCAAUGCUCCAACGUGGUGUCGAGCUGGCACACCUGGACGCCGCAUGGGUCUCCUCUGCUUCAUGGUACUUCCUCAAUGUGUUUGGCCUGAGAACUAUCUAUGCACUUGUGCUGGGAGAGAAUAAUGCUGCUGAUCAGUCGAAGAUAAUGCAAGAACAAAUGUCAGGAGCAGCAAUGGCCAUGCCUCCAGACCCAAAAGCCGCCUUCAAAGCCGAAUGGGAAGCACUCGAGAUCACAGAACACAAAUGGGCUUUAGCCACAGUGGAAACCGACCUAAUUAUUAAUAGCGAAAAAGCCACAUGAAGUUGUUAGUUCAAAUUAUUUUAGUUUAACUUGAAGAGGUGUGUAUGGAAUAAGUGUACCAUGGUUUAUUUAUUUUAAGACUAUUAAAGGAUGU